AUGAGCAAACUUUCCCCUGAACAGCGGCAAGCACUUCUUGCGGAGCCGGCUGGCCCUCCCCCUCCCGGCAUGGUAGCGAAUCUGGCCAACCCCCCAAGCUUGCAUGACGCUGGACACGCCAUUGCUCUGGUCUUCUGGGGAGUGGCCUUUAUCUGUAUUGCUAUCCGCCUCUACACCAAGACCUUCAUUAUCAAACAACUCCGGAUCUCAGACUAUAUGAUGUUUAUGGCUUGGGCCGUGUGCAUCGGCUACAUAGCGCCUUCCUGGCUGCUGGGCAAUCUGGCACCAGCGGUGGACCAGUGGAAUCUGACCCUUCAGGAUUUCAUGACCAUGCUUUAUUAUACUUAUGUCUUGUCCAUGCUCGGAACUACUUCUGGUCUUGCUAUGGACUUCUCGUCUUCUAUCUAG